GCGGCGAUCGCGCUCCCGAUAGCAGCCUGAAAGAGAGGCAAAAACCGAUCAGUCGUUGCUCGCCUUCGCUCGCGCCGAGCCGAAAGACACGAGAGAGAGAAAGGGAAUAAGUAAAUAGAAGAUUCCAAGACGGUGUAAUAGCUUCGACCUUCGAGAUGACGAUGAUGACGGUGCUGCAGAUGCUACUGUUCGCCGCCGCUGCCGCGACGAUUUGGCUCACGUACGGACGCGUGGAGGGCCUGCCGAUGAAGAGGAGCGACGACGCGCGCAGAUUUUGGAUAGCCAAGGCCGGGCCGAUUCGCGAGGAACUGCUCGGCGUUCAGGCGAUCGUCGUUAAGGACGAGGAAGUGCCGACUGGCGCCGCCGCCGAGUGCAAACCCAGGAACGCCGACGCUCGUUAUUCGGACAGGAGAUACCUUAUGUGCGCCGGCUCGAUACUGACCAGCCGCUACAUCUUGACUUCCGCUUCCUGUAUUCACGAAGCCACGCACAUCAGACACAAUGUGAGGGCACCGCUGGCAGCGAUGAUCGCGCCAUUUUCGGACACGGCCCAGGUCAUCCGAAUCGUGGAAUACAACAUUCACCCGGCCCACCAGGUGGAUCCUCGGGAGGACGAUUACGCGCUGCACAACGUCGCCAUUGCCAGAUUGGCUUGCAGGAUUUUGAAGCCCAACUUGAAGGAGAUCGAAUUGCCGGUUCAGCCCAUCACCGAAUACGCCGACGAUGAGAGCUGCUUCGUCGCGAUCAUCAAAAAAAUUGGUCCGGUAAGGUUUGAAGUUACUAUUCGAUUUUCUUUUCUGAUUCAUUGCACUACACUGUUUCAGACGUCCCACGCGAUGUACGAAACUCAAGCGAAAAACGUAGCGGAUGAAAGAGAUAAGCGGGAACUGUCCGAGACUGCCGACGAGAUUAAAGAAACUUCGGACAAAGUUUCUUUCAAGACAGACGAGGCGGGAAAAGUUCCCGAUACUAAUUGGAAUAAAUCUGCAAGUCGAGUGGCCGGGAUAUCGGAAAAAAGUAAUAACGAAAGUGCCGAGAACAAUAGGAAACUCAACUCGAAGAUCGUUAGAAGCAUAGGCGAAGGCAGAGAUAAGAGUGGCGAUAGAUUUUCAAAAAACUCCUUGUCGCUGGACAAAAAGUUAUCGGUCCGAGCGAGCGACGGCACGAAGGGCUGUGCGCAGACUGGAUCCGCCGUAAUGUGCGGCAAAAUUCAAGCCAGCAUAGUAGCAGCCUCGUGCGACGACCGACAGCCCGACACAACGUGGCGGUACACCGAUGUGUACGACAAUGUCGACUGGAUAAACGAGAUGCUGGGCAACUGGAAGCACAACAACCAGACGAGGUCGGGCAUGUCCGUGGGAGGCUGCCAGACGUGUAUCUACAAUUUCUUCAUCGACUACAGCUGCAAGGACAAGAGUAUGUGCCGCAAGGAAGGUCCUUCCGGAAGCAAUCAGAAUCACGCCGAUGACGUAAAGAUACCCGGCAUCGAGUUACCCAAGUGCACGAAGAAUCAUACCACCGGUGAGCAACACAGCAACGGCAACAGCAACAGCGACGUGAGAACGUCCUUCUUUAAGAACAAAUCCAAGCUAUCUCUCAAUCUGGCCUAUCUCAACGCGGUUAACGACAUGUACUCGAACAAACGCCCGAGAAAUGACGUCUCCGGAGAUGACGAUCAGAAUGUGAGGACUGGCCUCCACGUCGCGGAUGCUAAUGAGAAGAGAGAAAAAAACGAUACCGAAUCGACCGUCGCUCGCGAUAUCGCCGGAAGUCUGAUACCCCCGCCCUGGUUCCUGGAGGCUACUUCGGAGUCCGCGCCAAAGGAACCGAUUCUCAUGACGUGGAACAGCGAAACUGGUGGAUCCGUUCAUCGGAAACCCGACGCUUCGGAUUUUAACGAUUACUUCAGCGAGCUCGACGCGACUUAUCGCGAGCCCAAGGCUAUCGGUGGCGACAAUGCGGAGAGAAUAACUUUGAAUUUUGCUGAUAAAUCGAGCGGAGGCAAAAAGGCGACUCUGGAAGAUUUCUUCGGCGACGACAAGUACGAGGAGGCAGGUUUACCCGACGAGUAUGCCACGCUUUACAGAAAGUUCCUGGAGAUGAGCAGGAAGACGAGCAAAGUAAACACCGGUCGAUCGUGAUUGAUUUGUAUUCGAGAAAAAAAAAAUGAAAAAUACAAUUUUUCUUC